GGAGCUUAGAGCUGGGCUAUCCAGGGCAUGGAAAGAGAUGGCGAGAAGACGGGAGGAGACAAGGUUGAAGCCACGUUACCUACUUGCCUGAGAUGUUCCCUGCUGGCCCUGCUCCGCGGCCGAAGCUCCGAGUCCUGCGGGCGCUGUGGGCACUGCUGGUGGUGCUGUUGGCACCGUGGAGGUUGUGGGCGAUACAGGAAACCCAGGAGUGCACCUGGCAGGUUGUCCUGAACAACUUAGAGUCAGUAGGCAAGAACGACGCGAUCGAUCAUUUCGUCGAUCAAGAGCUGUACACAGUGGACAAAGUGUUCGACCUGCUAGUGGACGCGCCCAUCGACCCGGACGAGGUGAGGGGACUAGGGGCAGGCGAAUGGGAGAGGUCCUGGAGCUGCACCCUUCUGGGCUCUGGACAUUUGCUCACCAUCUCCUUGCAGACAUACUUGGGCUUUCCUUACUACCUGAAGAUCAACUACUCCUGCACAGGAGAAGUGUCUUCUGAGGCCCUGGUCCGCAAGGGCCACCUGACAGGGCUGAAGCCAGUGGUGCUGGUCACCUUCCAGUCCCCAGUCAACUUCCAUCGCUGGAAGAUAGAGCAGCUGCAGAUCCAGAUGGAGGCAGCCCCCUUCCGCAGCCCAGAGAGAUGUGACGCAGAGGAGGUGUGUCUCAUGAGCUGGUACACGCCCAUGCCCAUCAAGAACGGCAGCGUGGUCAUGCGCGUGGACGUUAGCAGCAAUGGCCUGGGGCCCUUCAUUCCUAAUAAAAGGUUUCAUGUGAACAUCAACGGCUUCCUGGAGGGUGGGCGAGACCGUGAACUCCAAUUCACUGUGGGAAAUGAGCUCUUCCAUCUGAUACCCCAGUACUUUGUGAAUGUCCCAUCGAGGCCGCUGUGGUACACUGUGGACCAGACACCCGUGCUCAUCCUGGGUGGCAUCCCUGAGGAGAAGGCAAUCCUCCUGACCGACACAAACUUCAAGGACUUCUUUCUCGUGGAGUUGAGCAUUGACAGUUGCUGGGUAGGCUCCUUCUACUGCCCCCAAGCCAGCUUCACCGCCACCAUCUACGAUGCCAUUGCCACUGAGAGCACCCUCUUCAUCCGGCAGAACCAGCUCAUCUACUAUUUCACAGGCACCUACACCACACUCUACGAGAGCAAACGUGGCAGCGAGAGAUGGGUUCGAGUCCUGGCUAACGAGUGCAUCAAGAGGUUGUGCCCCGUGCAUUUCCACAGCAAUGGCUCUGAGUAUGUGAUGGCCCUCACCACUGGCAAGCACGAAGGUUACGUCCACUUUGGGACCAUCACAGAUGGCCUCGUGUCCUUCCAGUUGCUGCCCAGGCAUUGGUCCGUGUGCAGUGCAAUUCUAGUUGUCAACUGCUCCAUCACCUGGGCCACAUUCAUUGCUGGUGACUACAAUCUACUGAUGCUGGUGGAGAUUGUAGGCCCUGCCUCCUCGAAGUAUUUCCAGGUGGUCAGCUAUGACCUGGUCAAUGAUUACCUGGUUGUGCUCUACACCAUCCCGGAAUUCAUCCCUGACGGUAGGAGGGGAAGGCAGAGGGGGCUGGAAAAGUGGGUGGGUGCCAGGAGAGGCCCAAGCGACCCCACCUCACUGCUGUGUCCACUUUGCCUGUGCCCCCUGCCAGCUCAAGGCCUGGAGUUCCUGAUGAUUCUAGGGACAGAGUCCUAUACCAACUUUCCGAUGGUCCCCAAGGGCAUGUCCUACAACCCAUAUAACAAUCUGCUGUUCAUCUGGGGCAACUUCCUCCUCCAGAGUUUUAACAGUGAAAACUUCAUUUACCUGGCGGACUUCCCCAAGGAGCUGUCCAUCAAGUACCUGGUGAACUCGUUCCGAGGGGACAUGGCCAUUGUCACCGAGAAUGAGGAGAUCUGGUAUCUCCUGGAGGGCAGCUACCAUGUGUACCAGCUGUUCCCGUCCAAGGCCUGGGACGUGUACAUCAACCUCCAGGUUCUUCAGCAGUCCUCUCUCUACGCCCCCAAUGAGACCAUGGUCACCCUCUUCUAUGAAGACAAAAAACUCUACCAGCUGGUGUACCUGAUAGACAACCAGCAGGGCAGACUCGUCAAGAGGCUCAUGCCCGUGGAGCAGCUACUGAUAUACCAGCAGAUCAGUGAUGAAUAUGUCUUGGAAAGGCAAGGGAGCCACCUGACGCUGUCCUUCUCCAACUUCUGCCCCUUCACGGUGAUGCGUCUGCGGGAGCUGCCCAACCCGAAAAUCUACACGCGCCAGGAGCGCUACCGCGCGCAGCCGCCGCGUGUCUCGGAGCCCUGGGGCUUCCACAGCGAGAACUCGCUGGCUGUCUAUCAGGGCCUCGUCUACUACCUGCUCUGGCUGCACUCUAAGUACGACAAGCCAUACGCGGACCCAGCACACGACCCCACCUGGCGCUGGUGGAAGAACAAGAAGCAGGACCAGGAUUACCACUUCUACCUGGCCAGCAACCGGCGGAGCGCGGGCAGUGUGCACGUUGACAUGACCAGCUACGAAAAGAUCUACGACCUCAAGGCCGAGAACGAGCUGCCCGAGCGCAUCUUCCUGGACAAGGGUACCAGCUACAGCUUCUCAGUCUUCCUGACCGCCCGGAAGCCAGAAGUCCUGCACGGCCCCUCCUUCCAGGUGCUGAGCCCGGUGGAUCUGGCUGUGGUGCUGGCGGACCCCCACUGCAUUGAGGCAAUAGUGAAGGAGAAGGUCCUUGUUAAUCUCACCUCGGUGCUUUUCCGGGUUAAGCUCAGUGAUAAAAGGUCUUGCUUUGACCAGGGAAUUAGUGGACAUCACCUCAUGAAGACCUCCAUGCUCGUCAAGGUGUUGGGCUUGUCUGGGCACUGCUUCCAGAACACGAACCAGGGGCCCCGUAUGCAAAGCAACCUGAUGGUGCCAGUGCUUAUUGGCUGCCCUCCAGGCAAGCGCCUGGCCUUCGACAUCACCUACACGGUGCAGUACAACCGCGCGCAGAACAAACACUACUUCGACUGCGUCAAAGUGGACCCGGAGAUGCCCUGCUUUCUCUUCCGGGACAGUGGGUGUCCAGCGCCCUCUCCUUUGCCCUCCCCGGCCCUUCCUGCCUGCCCGCUCACUGCCCCCACCCAUCCUCUGCUCUUCCUUUGGGUCUUUCAUCUCUCCUCCUUCCCCUCUCUCAUUUCUCCUCCCGGCCUCCACCCCUCCGACCCCACAGUCUUCUACCCAUUCUUCUUGAUCCAAGAUUUGGUGACGGGCGAUUCUGGCAGUUUUCAGGGCAGCUACGUGCUGAAGGUGGUGGGCGGCGGGCCCACCCUUGACACCAUCAAGGAAUACAGCGAGGAGGAAAUCUACCGCUUCAACAGCCCCCUGGACAAGACUGGCAGCCUCAUCUGGACCACGGAGAACACAAUGACCACCGAGGACUUGUCCUUCAACAUCAUGUCCCACAACAGUUUAGGCAUCGAGUGGCUAUGUCAGGAGAACUCGCCGUGCCAUGACACCAUUCCCUACCACAUCUUUGCCCCUGAAUUCUUCUUCAAGGUGUUGGUGAGCAAUAGAGGCGUGGACAAGAGCACCUAUUGUGACUACCAGCUCACCUUUCUGCUGCACAUCCACGGGCUCCCGCUCAGUGCCAGGCGGGCCUUCCUCAUCCUCCUGGUGUCAGCCAGCUUGUUUGUCGGCCUGGUGAUUCUCUACAUUGUCUGCUGCCUUCUGUCGCCCUACAUGGUGAAGUUUUGCAAUAUCCUUCGAUGGAAGAUCAACAGCAUCAUUGGCUUAGAAUCUUACUACACCUACAGUACCCCCUCCGACGGCAGGGCCUUUAGCCACUCCGGGACCGUGUCUUGGAGAAACUCCAGGUUAAACUCCAGGGUUUUCUACAAGGGAGCAGAGGAGAACAAGGCUGAAACUUAAGGACUCCUUGAAAAGGAAGUCUACCACCUAAGCCUCUGGCCUGCCCCAGCCACCACCCACCCUUGUCUCUUAUGUCCUGGGUUGCCUUGGACAUGUAACCUAUCGCUUGGUCAUCCUAGGCCUUUCUCCCUGUUUUGCUUGAAUUUUCACUUCGAGUUUCAGCAUCAGCUAUGGAACCUUGUAAGGACUCGUGUUCAGUUAGUUUGUACCACCCAGCUGCAUAGGUUAUUAAAAUAUCAAAAUCCUCCUGUGCCAA